UUACAAAUAUAUAUUUUUUGCUCCCUGGUUAGUACUGCCCUUGUGCCACAGAGCACCUUUUUCCAGGUAGCACUGAGGGGUUUCCAGACUAGCGUGAGCAGAGACAUUGACACAGCAGCCAAGUUCAUUGGCGCUAGAGCUGCCACAGUUGGAGUGGCCGGUUCUGGUGCUGGAAUCGGGACUGUGUUCGGCAGCCUUAUCAUCGGAUAUGCAAGGAACCCCUCCCUAAAACAGCAGCUUUUCUCUUACGCUAUCCUGGGAUUUGCCCUCUCUGAAGCCAUGGGUCUGUUCUGCUUGAUGGUUGCUUUCCUGUUCCUGUUUGCAAUGUAAAUAUGUCUUCUGCAGAUGGUGAUCAUGAUUUUGAAACUACAGCUGUGACUACCUAUUUUACUCGAGCAACCAAAAUUGUUCCGUGUUGGUCAUGAAAUUGUACAUUUUCCAAGUUUUUGUUGAAGGAUGACAAAUCAGAAGGCAUGUAUUGUAAAUAUGUUACCAAUUACAGAAAUUUCACUAUUUAAAAUGUGAGUUAUUUUGUAUAUUUCCUUGCAAAACACUUUCAAAGGAACACCAGAUUUUGGAUUAAGAUGUAUUUCUCUAUAGUGUGUGCCCUUGAGCUCAAAACAAAGCAUAUAGUUAUGUUAACUGCAGGUUGGUUGCAAUCAAGUGAGUUUAAGUAAAUUACACUACUUUUGGUUAUCAUGUGUUUCUUAAUUGCAAUAAAUCAACUUUCACCGGUGUAAUACAAUUUCCUCUAUUGCUGUUCCAUGAAGAUAAAUGGUCAACAUGUUUCUGCUUUACAUUUAUUUUUGGGGCUUUUGGAACUUCCAUUUGAUGUAUGUUAAAGUUGCCCAGAGAUGCUGAUCUUGGGUCAGUAUUGCAUUAGAAUUGGCGAAGUUGAUCUGAGAUCUAGGGGAAAAUGUAUUCUGACGCCAUACAUUCCUCUCGAUCUUGGAAAAUAUUUUAGAGUUGAGAUGAGAUUUAGUUCAACUGUUGGAUUGCAUAUGAAUAGACACUUCCAAUCUCUUUGUAGUGAAGUAGAUCACAAACUUGCAUUUUGAGAUUAUAAACUUCUUGAGCGCUAUAUUAAUAGCGGUAAGUAAAUUUCUCACAGCGGUUAGAUCCUGUGCAGAGACAUGAGCACUAGGCUUACUCCCUGUGACACAAGUGCCUGGGCUUUGAAUUGACCCCGUGUAGAUGGUGCUAUACUGCACCACUGUAACUCUGCGUUGUGUGUGGUUGAUAGAGACUAUAAAUGUGGACUUUGGAGAUCAGGUAGUUUUAAUCAAACAGAACUCACUCUCUGCAUCCUGCAUCUGCAUCCAAAAGGAAAUAAAACAUUUGUAGAGCACGUAUGUUCUGAGAAUCGUCGCCUCUUUCUCUCUCAGUGCAUCAAAAUUAUUUUUGAAUACAAAAAUUAAUACACUCUCUCCUUAUUAUACAUA